GCAGAAAGCACCCAUAGAGGAAUGAACAUGUUAAAAGCGGCUGAAGAAGCCGGCCUUAAGAAAGGAGAUAUUUUUACAGUUGCCGACUUGGACGAAAUUCCACGCCCAGAUGUUCUCCGGGUUUUGAGCUCGUGUGGUCCCUGGCCUGACAGUAGCAGCAGAGUUCAACUUGAUUUACAGAAUCAUCUAUAUGCAUUUUCAUUAACCUACCGAGAACGUAGCCGGGCCGCCAGCGUUAACCG